CCUGCCUGUCCUUUGGGGCAUCUCUGUCAUGUGCUUAAAGUCAUUCCUCUCCAUCUAUGUUAUACUGAUCUUAACCCAAGCCUCUUUCAUCUUGCGCUUUGUAAUGAAUUUCCAACUGCUCACCCUUCCUGAUGGACAAACCACCCCUCAUACCUUGCAGGAGAGAGAACUGAGACAUGAACUGGAGGAGGGGAGAGACGACUAGGCGGGUGAAGUGCAUAGCUGGAGACUCAGAGCAGUAGGAGUCUUGCUCUGUUGCCAAAGCUGGAGUACAGUGGCACCAUCUUGGCUCACAGUUGACUUCACCUCCCAGGUUUAAGCGAUUCUCCUGCCUCAGCCUCCUGAGUAGCUGGGAUUACAGGGGUUGUGUAUAAUUACAGUGCACACGGUGUCCGGCGAGAUGGAGCAGGGUGGGAGCAGAGCAUAAGCAUCCCAUUACUGCAGCCCAACAUGUAUGGAAUGAUGGAGCAAUGGGACAAGUACCUGGAAGACUUCUCCACCUCGGGGGCCUGGUUGCCUCACAGGUAUGAAGAAGACCACUACAACUGCUACACUUACACACUCAUGUUCAUUAACUGCGUUCUGAUGGCAGAAGGUAGAGAGCAACUGGAUAAGAGUGAAUUUACCGAGAAGUACGUGGUCCCUCGGACAAGGCUGGCAUCCAAAUACAUCACACUUUACCGGGCAAUAAAGGAGCAUGGCUUCUAUAUCACUGACCGUCCCCAGCAGGAGGCACAAGCCCCUGAGGGCAGCGGUUUGUGCUGAGAGCUACGUAAGUGCAGUCCGGACAAUGCGGGUAGGGAGUUUGCUACCUUUCAUCAGUACUAUGGAUUUCUAAAUGCACUUAACUGUGGUCAAUAAAAACGUGUAUGGGUUGGGCACUGUGUCUCACACCUGUAAUCCCAGUACUUCGGGAGGCUGAGGCAGGCAGAUCGUCUGAGGUCCGGAGUUCAAGACCAGCCUGGCCAAAACGGUGAAACCCCGUCUCUACUAAAAAUAUAAAAAUUAGCCAGGCGUGGUGGCAGGUGCCUGUAAUCCCCGCUACUUGGGAGGCUGAGGCACGAGAAUCGCUUGAACCCAGGAGGCAGAGGUUGUAGUGAGCCAAGAUCACAGCACUGCAUUUCAGCCUGGGCGACAGAGCGAGAUUCUAUCUCAAGAAAA